GAUAAACGUGCUCAAGACACAUUAUUUUGAAAAAUGAAAAUGCCCUUACGUCACUUCCGGAUUUAGUCGCCACAGUAGUAAAAAAAAAAAAAAUCUGGUUGCUAUGAAUUUCAGCUAGCUAGCCCCCGACAACUGUCAGUACACUUGAGUAAAACCAUCCAUGUCAAGACACAAGAUAGGUUUUCGAAGUCUUGUGCCGCUUCUCUGUCCAUAUAGGGGCACACCAGCCUGCCUGCCAACCUACUGGGAUUCGAUCCUGCUGGCUCAGUCACUAGACCAGAAGACCUUGGCACCGUUGUGUGCCAGUUCAUUUCAAGACCCAGGGAAAUUUGAAUCCAGACAAUGAACGGUCUGUCCAUACGAGAGCUAUGCUGUCUGUUCUGCUGCCCCCCUUGCCCCAGCCGCAUUGCAGCCAAACUGGCUUUCCUCCCUCCAGAGCCCACCUACGCCCUUCUCCCUGACACAGAUCCAAGCUCUGGAGCUGGAGCUGCUUCUGGGUCCAGCUCCGGGGCUGCUCAGCCUUCUCUUGGAGCCCCAGGACUCCGUUCCCGGCAGGGCACUAGUAGUGGAAGUGACAGAGGAGGCGGAGGUGGUGCUGGAGGUGGGGGGGGUGGUGGUGGAGGAGGAGGAGGUGGUGGUGGUGCAGGAGCAGCAGCAGCAGCAGUAGCAGGAGGAGCAGGUGGCAGUGGUUGGAGUGAGGGCAGGUGGAAGCUUCAUCUCACAGAGAGAGCAGAGUUCCAGUAUUCACAGAGAGAGCUGGAUGUGACGGAUGUAUUCUUGACCAGAUCUAGCCGAGGGAACAGGGUGGGGUGCAUGUACAUCCGCUGUGCCCCCAAUGCUAGGUUUACAGUGUUGUUUUCCCAUGGCAAUGCAGUAGACCUGGGCCAGAUGAGCAGCUUCUACAUCGGCUUAGGCACACGCAUCAACUGCAACAUCUUUUCCUAUGAUUACUCCGGCUACGGUGUUAGCACUGGCAAGCCCUCUGAGAAGAACCUAUACGCGGACAUUGAUGCUGCCUGGCACGCCCUGCGUUCUCGGUAUGGCAUCAGCCCUGAGAAUAUCAUCCUGUAUGGACAGAGCAUCGGCACGGUGCCCACAGUAGACUUGGCAUCCCGGUUUGAGUGUGCUGCUGUGGUCCUCCACUCACCUCUCACCUCUGGCAUGAGAGUGGCUUUCCCCGACACCAAGAAAACCUACUGCUUUGAUGCAUUCCCUAACAUAGAGAAAGUGUCAAAGAUCCCAUCUCCAGUGCUGAUCAUCCACGGUACGGAGGACGAGGUGAUCGACUUCUCCCACGGCCUCGCCCUGUUUGAGCGCUGUCCCAAGGCGGUGGAGCCCCUCUGGGUGGAGGGGGCCGGUCACAACGACAUUGAGCUUUACAGUCAGUACCUGGAGAGGCUACGGCGCUUCAUCAACCAGGACCUUGCUGCACAGCAUGCCUGAGAAAACAGCAGCCUCUCUGCGGUUGUGUGAAUGGGACGUGCGUGCGUAUGCAUGUGUGGGAGACCGAGUGAGAAUGUCAGCAUGUUUGCAAAGUACGUGUGAGAAAUUGUUCUAAAACAAUAUGUGAUUUUUCCUCACAUCUGUGUGUCUUUGAAUCAGCACACCAUUACGUUUACUUUUCAACACAACAUAUGUACGGAUAAUGUUCUGUCCAAAAGGUGGGAACAGUUUUUAAUAUAUCAGUAGCUGUAUCUGUAUGGUGGCGUGUGGCAAAACACUAAACACAAGAACCUGGAUUAUAUAACUUUACAAAUCAGUUUUUUAGUGUAGGGGAAUAUAUGAAUUGCAGCUUUGACACGUGUCACUAACAUGAAUUAAGAAGUAACGGCAACGUGCUUUGUCCAGAAAAGGCACACAGAUGUACUGUAAUUUUAAAGUAUGACGUGUUAGUGAAUGUAUGAGUUACGGAUGUAAGUGUUGCGUUCAUAUCUCCAUGCGUGCACAUGUUUGUGAGUGUGUGUGUGUGGCAGCGAUGGAAGACAUGAAGGACAUCCUAAUGACUUGGACAGCUGCAAGUGGAGGAAGCUUGAGACUUAUCAAUAUUGUUUUUUUUUUGGUUCAUUAUUGCGCGUGUAGGCUAUGUUUGAAAAAUACCUCCACAGCUUGGCCAGUUCUCUCUCCAGUGGACUAACACUGGUCAAGCAUGUGCCGCCCCACUCCUCCACUCCCUGUUUACCUGUUAAUGGAUGUCCAUCUGACUGCCAGGGCAUUUCCCAAGUUGUCCAGCUAACACUAACCUACUUUAUCCGUGUGGUUUGGGGGUCCAUCUCCUUCCUUUUGGUGACAGGGUGGAUACUUAAGGACUAGUUUGGAAUACUGGCAUAGCUUGUAUGGCUGUCGGGGGUCUCAUACUUUCCUCUCCCUCAUUUUUGACUGCAGAGAUCACAUAAUGGCCGGCUUCCACUUUAUUUCCUGGCUGUAGCUUUAGCCUUUACCUGUCCACAGAACUGCAGCAGCAACUCACAGGGAAUUCUUUUUAUCCCCCCAUCCAGUCCUACAUACUUAUGAUAAAGAAUGAUGGUGUGGUUGAACAAUUCUUUGGCAUUAGUAGAACAGCUAGGAGUGCAGGUUUACGAAGCAAUUUCACUGUCACGUUGGAUCAGUUGGCUCUGAACAGAAGGCCGGAGCUCAGUUUUUACGGAUGUGACCUUUAGAGGCUGGGCAGACUGCACUGACUGUGGAACAGCAGGAUUAAGUCAGAUUUACAGGAAUAGUUUGGCAUUUUGGUAAAUGGUCUUGUUCACUUUCUUGCUGCAAUGUGUUAUUUGGUUUUGUGAACUUUAGACGUGCUGGCAGGUGGAUUUUGUUACCUUUGUACAGAGCCAGGCUGGCGGCUUCCAGUCUUUACGCCAAGCCAAGCUAACCAGCCACUGGCUGCAGCUUCAUAUUUAGCGUGCAGACAAGAGAGUGGCAUCAUUCUUCUCAUCUAACCUUCAACAAAAAAA